AUGGCCACAGAUGAUAAGACUUCCCCAACAUUGGACUCUGCUAAUGAUUUGCCUCGAUCUCCUACUAGUCCUUCUCAUCUCACACACUUUAAACCUUUGACUCCUGAUCAGGACGAACCUCCUUUUAAGUCAGCGUAUAGUUCUUUCGUCAAUCUCUUUCGAUUUAACAAAGAGCGCGCAGAAGGGGGCCAGGGGGAGCAGCAGUCUCUAGGUGGAAGUUGGGCCAGCCCUCAGCUCCCUUCAAGAACACAGUCUGUGAGGUCACCUACACCUUAUAAAAAACAGCUUAACGAGGAACUCCGGCGACGAUCUUCAGCAGUAUUAGACACAAGAAGGAAAGCAGAACCUACCUUUGGAGGUCAUGACCCUCGUACAGCUGUUCAGCUUCGAAGCCUCAGCACAGUAUUAAAACGCCUCAAGGAAAUCAUGGAGGGGAAAAGCCAGGAUAGCGACCUGAAGCAAUACUGGAUGCCCGAUAGCCAGUGUAAAGAAUGCUAUGACUGUAGUGAGAAAUUUACGACCUUCAGGCGCAGACACCAUUGCCGACUGUGUGGGCAGAUUUUUUGCAGUCGUUGCUGUAAUCAAGAAAUCCCUGGAAAAUUUAUGGGCUAUACAGGGGACCUCCGAGCUUGUACAUACUGUAGAAAAAUAGCCUUAAGUUAUGCUCAUUCCACAGACAGUCAUUCCAUUGGGGAAGACUUGAAUGCUCUUUCAGAUUCUGCUUCCUCUGUGUCUGUACUUGAUCCAAGUGAACCUCGAACACCUGUCGGAAGUAGAAAAGCCAGCCGCAACAUAUUUCUAGAGGAUGAUUUUGCCUGGCAAAGUUUGAUUCAUCCAGACUCCUCAAAUACUCCUCUUUCAACAAGACUUGUAUCUGUUCAAGAGGAUGCUGGGAAAUCUCCUGCUCGAAAUAGAUCAGCUAGCAUUACUAACCUGUCACUGGAUCGAUCUGGUUCUCCCAUGGUAUCUUCAUAUGAGACAUCUGUCAGUCCCCAGGCUAACCGAACCUAUGUUAGGACAGAGACCACUGAGGAUGAACGCAAAAUUCUUCUGGACAGUGUUCAGUUAAAGGACCUGUGGAAGAAAAUCUGCCAUCACAGUAGUGGAAUGGAGUUUCAGGAUCACCGUUACUGGCUGAGAACGCAUCCUAACUGCAUUGUGGGAAAAGAAUUAGUCAACUGGUUAAUCCGAAAUGGACACAUUGCUACAAGGGCACAAGCUAUAGCCAUUGGACAAGCAAUGGUUGAUGGACGUUGGCUGGAUUGUGUCAGUCAUCACGACCAGCUUUUCAGGGACGAAUAUGCACUGUACAGACCAUUGCAGAGUACGGAAUUUUCCGAGACCCCUUCUCCAGAUAGUGACUCAGUGAACUCUGUGGAAGGACACUCUGAGCCAUCCUGGUUUAAAGACAUAAAGUUCGAUGACAGUGACACGGAACAGAUAGCUGAAGAAGGUGACGAUAAUUUGACUAAUUCUGCCAGUCCUAGCAAGCGCACAUCAGUCAGCAGCUUCCAGUCCACAGUGGACAGUGACUCAGCCGCUUCCAUCAGCCUGAACAUGGAGCUGGACAACGUGAACUUCCAUAUCAAGAAGCCCUCCAAGUACCCACAUGUGCCCCCUCACCCUGCUGACCAAAAAGAGUAUUUGAUUUCUGACAAUGGAGGACAACAACUCUCAAUAAGUGAUGCCUUCAUCAAAGAAUCCUUAUUUAAUCGUCGAGUUGAGGAGAAAUCCAAAGAGCUGCCUUUCACACCUUUGGGCUGGCAUCACAACAACCUGGAGCUGCUGAGGGAGGAGAAUGGAGAGAAACAAGCCAUGGAGAGGUUGCUUUCAGCUAAUCAUAACCACAUGAUGGCACUACUCCAACAGUUGCUCCAUAAUGAGUCAUUGUCACCAUCUUGGAGGGACAUCAUUGUAUCACUGGUCUGCCAGGUUGUUCAAACAGUUCGACCGGAUGUCAAGAAUAGGGACGAUGACAUGGAUAUCCGUCAGUUUGUCCAUAUUAAAAAAAUUCCAGGUGGAAAGAAGUUUGAUUCUGUGGUUGUCAAUGGAUUUGUUUGUACCAAAAAUAUUGCACAUAAAAAGAUGAAUUCUUGUAUUAAAAAUCCCAAAAUUCUUCUGUUGAAGUGUUCCAUUGAGUAUCUUUACAGAGAAGAAACUAAAUUUACUUGCAUUGAUCCUAUUGUGCUUCAGGAAAGGGAAUUCUUGAAGAAUUAUGUUCAGCGAAUAGUUGAUGUUCGACCCACAUUGGUUCUAGUUGAAAAAACAGUAUCUCGGAUUGCCCAAGACAUGUUACUAGAACAUGGCAUUACUUUGGUCAUUAAUGUAAAAUCACAAGUUUUAGAACGCAUCAGUCGGAUGACCCAAGGUGAUUUAGUAAUGUCGAUGGACCAGCUGCUUACAAAACCCCACCUGGGCACCUGUCACAAAUUUUAUAUGCAGAUGUUUCAGUUACCUAGUGAGCAAACCAAAACAUUGAUGUUUUUUGAAGGCUGUCCACAGCACCUGGGUUGCACAAUCAAGCUUAGAGGAGGCUCUGAUUAUGAGCUGGCUCGAGUUAAGGAAAUCCUAAUCUUUAUGAUCUGUGUAGCUUAUCAUUCUCAACUAGAAAUCUCCUUCCUCAUGGAUGAAUUUGCUAUGCCUCCUACGUUAACCCAGAAUCCUUCCUUCCAUUCUCUGAUUGAAGGACGGGAGGAUGAAGGGACUGCCCAGGAGCCAUUCGGCGGAAGUCCCCUCCCCCGGGAGCCUGACUUCCCUCCAGAGCUUCUGCCCUCCGAUGAUGGCAGUUUGCUAGAAUCAAGGAUUGUGUUUGAGAAGGGUGACCAGGAAAAUAAAAGCGCUACACAGGAUGUUGCCUCUUUGAAGCAUCAAGAGUAUGCCACGACAGCUUGCGCGGCAGCUAUCCCCUGUGCUCUCUUUCCAUCGGUCCCAGAGUCGUUGUUGCCGCUCCAUGUGGACGACCCACAGGAUGCCGUGGGCAUUGAGCAGCCAGAGCCCUUGCAGCACGCGGAUGAGCUACAGGAUCCCAAAAGCCAGUUGAGAGCCUUUAGAGACCCUUUACAAGACGACACUGGAUUGUAUGUUACUGAGGAGGUUACCUCUUCAGAAGAUAAACGAAAGACCUAUUCUUUGGCCUUUAAACAGGAAUUGAAAGACGUGAUCCUCUGUAUCUCCCCAGUAAUCACAUUCCGGGAGCCCUUCCUUCUGACUGAAAAGGGGAUGAGAUGCCCUACCCGAGAUUAUUUUGCAGAGCAGGUUUAUUGGUCUCCUCUCCUCAAUAAAGAGUUCAAAGAAAUGGAGAGCAGACGGAAGAAGCAGCUGCUUAGGGAUCUCUCCGGCCUUCAGGGCAUGAAUGGAAGCAUUCAGGCCAAGUCUAUUCAAGUCUUGCCUUCGCACGAGCUAGUGAGCACUAGAAUUGCUGAGCAUCUUGGGGAUAGCCAGAGCUUGGGUAGAAUGCUGGCUGAUUAUCGGGCCAGAGGAGGAAGAAUUCAGCAGAAAAAUGCAGACCCGUUUGCUUAUUCAAAGGAAGCACCUGGUAUGGCAAGCGGCAGAUCAGGAAGCAAAAUUGAGGGUGACGAAGAGAAAGGGUUGAUUCCGAAUGACACGCUGUGGUCAACAAAGGUGGACUGUCUGAACCCUGUGAACCACCAGAGACUGUGUGUGCUCUUCAGCAGCUCUUCGGCCCAGUCCAGCAACGCCCCCAGUGCCUGCGUCAGCCCUUGGAUUGUAACAAUGGAAUUUUAUGGAAAGAAUGAUCUUACCUUAGGAAUAUUUUUAGAGAGAUACUGUUUCAGGCCUUCUUAUCAGUGUCCUAGCAUGUUCUGUGAUACCCCCAUGGUGCAUCAUAUUCGGCGCUUUGUCCAUGGCCAAGGCUGUGUGCAGAUAAUCCUGAAGGAGUUGGAUUCUCCAGUGCCUGGAUAUCAACAUACAAUUCUUACCUAUUCCUGGUGCAGAAUCUGCAAACAGGUAACACCAGUUGUUGCUCUUUCCAAUGAGUCCUGGUCCAUGUCAUUUGCAAAGUACCUUGAACUUAGGUUUUAUGGGCACCAGUACACUCGCAGAGCCAAUGCUGAGCCGUGUGGUCACUCCAUCCACCAUGAUUAUCACCAGUAUUUCUCCUAUAAUCAGAUGGUGGCAUCUUUCAGUUAUUCUCCCAUUCGGCUUCUUGAAGUAUGUGUUCCAUUCCCCAAAAUAUUCAUUAAACGUCAGGCCCCAUUAAAAGUGUCCCUUCUUCAGGAUCUAAAGGACUUCUUUCAAAAAGUUUCACAGGUAUAUCUUGCUGUUGAUGAAAGACUUGCGUCUUUGAAAACGGAUACAUUUAGCAAAACAAGAGAGGAAAAAAUGGAAGAUAUCUUUGCACAAAAAGAGAUGGAAGAAGGCGAGUUCAAGAACUGGAUCGAGAAGAUGCAAGCAAGGCUCAUGUCUUCCUCAGUAGACACCCCUCAGCAACUGCAGUCCAUCUUCGAGUCCCUCAUUGCCAAGAAGCAAAGUCUGUGCGAAGUGCUACAAGCUUGGAAUAACAGAUUGCAGGACCUUUUCCAACAGGAAAAGGGUAGAAAGCGACCUUCAGUUCCUCCAAGUCCUGGAAGACUGAGACAGGGAGAAGAAAGCAAGAUAAGUACAAUGGAUGCAGCUCCAAGAAAUAUUUCUCCAGGGCUCCAAAAUGGAGAAAAAGAGGAUCGCUUCCUAACAACCCUGUCCAGUCAGAGCUCCACCAGUUCUGCCCAUCUCCAGUUGCCUACUCCACCAGAGGUCAUGCCUGAACAGCUGGGGGGAGGGCCCCCUGAACUCGACACUACCAGCAGCUCUGAAGAUGUGUUUGAUGGGCAUUUGCUGGGAUCCACAGACAGCCAAGUGAAGGAAAAAUCAACCAUGAAAGCCAUCUUUGCAAAUUUGCUUCCAGGAAAUAGCUAUAAUCCUAUUCCAUUUCCUUUUGAUCCAGAUAAACACUACUUAAUGUAUGAACAUGAACGGGUGCCCAUUGCGGUUUGUGAGAAGGAACCCAGCUCUAUCAUUGCUUUUGCUCUCAGUUGUAAAGAAUACCGAAAUGCCUUAGAGGAAUUGUCCAAAGUGACUCAGCGGAGCAGUGCCGAAGAAGGGCUUCCGACAAAUAGUACUUUAGACAGCAGACCAAAGAGUAGCAGCCCUAUUAGAUUACCUGAGGUCAGUGGAGGACAGACAAACCGUACAGCAGAAGCAGACCUGCCGCCAACCAAAAAGGCUUCUGGAAUGCUGUCCUUCUUCCGAGGGACAGCAGGGAAAAGCCCUGAUCUCUCUUCCCAGAAGAGAGAGACCUUACGUGGAGCAGAUAGUGCUUACUACCAGGUUGGGCAGACGGGCAAGGAGGGAACGGAGAGUCAAGGCACUGAGGCUCAAGAUGAGGUGGAUGGAGGAGAUACACAAAAGAAACAACUCAUAAAUCCGCAUGUGGAGCUUCAAUUUUCUGACGCAAAUGCCAAGUUUUACUGUCGCCUGUACUAUGCGGGAGAGUUUCAUAAGAUGCGCGAAGUGAUUCUGGGCAGCAGUGAAGAAGAUUUCAUUCGCUCUCUUUCCCACUCCUCGCCCUGGCAGGCCCGUGGGGGCAAAUCAGGAGCUGCCUUCUAUGCAACUGAGGAUGAUAGAUUCAUUUUGAAGCAGAUGCCUCGUCUGGAAGUCCAGUCUUUCCUCGACUUUGCACCACACUACUUCAAUUAUAUUACAAAUGCUGUUCAACAAAAGAGGCCCACUGCAUUGGCCAAAAUUCUUGGAGUUUAUAGAAUUGGUUAUAAGAAUUCUCAGAACAACACUGAGAAGAAGUUAGAUCUCCUUGUCAUGGAAAAUCUUUUCUAUGGGAGAAAGAUGGCACAGGUUUUUGAUUUGAAGGGUUCACUUAGGAAUAGAAAUGUAAAAACCGAUACCGGGAAAGAGAGUUGUGAUGUGGUCCUGCUGGAUGAAAAUCUCUUAAAGAUGGUUCGAGACAACCCUCUGUAUAUCCGUUCUCAUUCCAAAGCUGUGCUGAGAGCCUCGAUCCGUAGUGACUCCCACUUUCUUUCUAGCCACCUCAUUAUAGAUUAUUCUUUGCUGGUUGGGCGAGAUGAUACUAGCAAUGAGCUGGUAGUCGGAAUUAUAGAUUAUAUUCGAACAUUUACAUGGGACAAAAAGCUUGAGAUGGUUGUGAAAUCAACAGGAAUUUUAGGAGGACAAGGUAAAAUGCCAACUGUGGUCUCUCCAGAGCUGUACAGGACUAGAUUUUGUGAAGCAAUGGACAAGUAUUUCCUGAUGGUACCAGACCACUGGACAGGUUUAGGUCUGAACUGCUGAAAGGGAGCACAUGAUUUUGAAAUGGACCAUGAAUGAAAGGGGCCUGGACCAAAGGACCAAAAAUAAGCUACAUGUUUUAUUUCUUCAUCAUGUUCACCACUGUAUGCCAAGGCCUUCCCAUCCUGCAGUCGUGUGGGCUGUCUGUAAUUGAAGGGUUAAAAUGCCCGUGGAUUUGCACUUUGGUUUUUGAUACCUACAAGUUAGCUGUCUUAUGCUGGGAAGUUGCAACAUUCUUCCACUUAAGCUAAACUAUAGACACAUUUCAAAGGGCUAAAGACGAAUGUAUGGUCCGAGAUAAGGAGAUAGGAUGAAGAAAUGGGGUGUCAGAUUUGUUAACAGUCCUGUUAAGAAAAUAAUGCUUCCUAGAUUGUGGCUUUUCCAGCAUCCCAUUUGACACAUUCUUUACUUAGCAUUUGUAGAGCUGGUGAAUUUGUGUUUCUUAUGUAACAAUGUAAUGUUGCCUAUUAUCAGAAUUUCUGAAACCUUUAAAAAUUCUGACUUACUCUCUUAAUGGCCAGUGAAACAGAUGGACCUAGUCUGUUCUUGUUUUAUUGAGGUAUUUGACUGAAAUUGGGAAUCCUGUUGUGUUCUUACCUUGCCUUGUUUUUGAGGGUGCUUGAUGUUUUUUAAGUUCUGUCUUCUCUGUGGGUGACAGGAGACUCUAGCCAUUAAUAAGCCUUUUGGAGCUGUUUUUUAAGCUUAUUUAUAACUUUUGUGCAAUUAAUAGGUUAAACUGCACUUAUCCACACAUGCUCAUACUCUAGGUUUUCCUCCGCUUGCAGGGAAACAGUAAAUGAGUCUAUCAUGACUAACUUCCCAAAGGGAGAAUUACUAAGGAUUUUUUUUGUAAUGGAAAAAAUAAAUUAGACCUUAUCCAAGAAAUUGGGUGAGAGGCGAACACUUGUUUGUUUUCUGUAAAGUGUCUUUGUCAAUAUAUAUAGCAAUUUAAGUGACAUCUGUAAAACUAAGAGGUUUCUAGUGUGGACAUCCAUUUCUUAACUUUCUGCACCAGUUUCUAAGCCAGUUCUGAUUACUGAGAAAUGUUAAGGGAUAAAAUAUUUGUUGGAAGGAACUUCUUGUUUAAUAGAGUUUUUGUUUAAAAGUGAUCAGAUACAGUACAUAACAGAACACCACAUAUUUCCUCGUGGCUGCUUUCGCCAACAAGGGUAAUUGGGGGAUUUGUAAAGUUUUAUAAAGUUCUCCUCUUUUCAGGCUUCCUAUCAUAGCACAUUUCUAUUGUAACUUUCACAAAAUAAGAAAAGGAAAUCUGGUGACAUUCCAGUUACAAAGACUGUAAGUAUGUGAAAUAGGAACAUUUCGGAAAGUUUGCUUUAGAGAAUGAAAGCAUUAGUUUGGUGUUUGGUGCUUAUUGGAUACGUGGUUUGUUUUGAACUAGAAACAAGUUGGCCAAGGACUUAGGACUGAUGAUAAGCACUUUUUAAAAAAACGUGGUGUGCGUUUAGAAAACGCACAGAACACUAGUGGUUUUAAUUUUGAUAUUACAGACUGGAAAAGGACGGACUCCUGCAGGAAUGAAAUGUGGGUGGUAACCUCAGUGGAUUUUGCAUCUCCUUUUGAAUGCAAACACUGUUUUGUCUCUGUUCUUUCUUUGGGGCAGGAAACUUAGGGUUAUUUAUCUGUCCAUUUCCUGCACCCUCAGUCAUGCACACCCCAGGAGAAUAGGUAGCUUUCCUUGGCUGUGAUCAGGUUGUUUCUUUGUUUCGUCUCAACACCCUGCUAUGUAUAGCUUGGAUCCUCCACUGGAAUAACUCCUGACAGUAGUAUGUGUCGUGUUGAUUUUGUUUUCCUUGUGUUGAUUUUGUUUUCCUUGCCCGUGACUUGAAGAACUAGUUUUUAAAGCACUGCUGCCUCUUAGGUGAUUUUAUGGCUAAAAAAAUUCCAGUUUAAUAUCAUCUGAAGCAAUACUUGCUGCCUUGCAAGGGUGAUCUGUCCUUUUAAAACUGUCUUAAUGAAAGGGAAAUGAACUUCUUGUGAGUGGUAGAGCUAUAUCCUCAGCCCCGGCUGCUUUUGUUGAGGUCACUACUAUAUGUAUAUAUAAGGCGUUUCCAAUAUUGUGCUCCUUGGUGUUAAGCAUUGAAUGACCACUCACCUCUCUUGAAUUCCCUUCCUUGGCUUGGAGAAUAUUGAUGUUGAAAAGUUAAGACUGAGGAAGAAAUCUUAAUAUUUUCUUCCUUAGAAUAAAAUAUGAACCCUGAGAAUAAUUGAUAGUAGCACAAGAAAACUCUGUAAAUGUGUUGCAUUGUAUAAAAAUCUUAUUUAUAAAUGUGAAGGUUUUUGAUGCCAUCAAAACUUUAUGGAAAAAUAAAAAAGAUUUACUUUUUUCUUAUCCAAGUCUGAGGAAAAUAAGGGGAAUUGGCUAUUGCAGGCCCUUUUGUAGUCUGUUGAAUAAAUUUAUAGACAUUGAAAAUUUCCUACAAAAAGUGCUGCUUAUAAUUUUUUCCUCGAUCCAUCAGUGAGUGGUUUUCUAGCUUUGGCUUUUAUUGGGUAUUGUAAAUAGGUUUGUGUUGGUUUUGGUGGCGUAAAGUGUCUCGUUGGCAUUGUACCCAUUAGCAGUGGGCUUGUAUAAAACCGCCAAGGAAAAGUCAUCUACCUGUAGAAAGUUUGCUGAGCUAGCAGAAUGAAAACUCUUGUGAAUGAGCCUCGUGGUGAAACAGGUCAGGCCAUUCAUUAUUCCUCAAGUAUUAACAUACUGACUUAGGCAGUAUUCAAACCAUCUAGUGCAAUGCCUUUUUGUUUCUUUGUUUUUGUAACACGGGUGCAGUGUAUUAUAGAAAAACAAAAAUUACAAUCAUGAGCAGUUUUAUUAAUGCUGCUGUGCUGGUUUUGUAAAAAAUGUACAUUAUGUCUUUUGACAGGUUUAAUUUUAACUAGAGAAAUGACAUUAUAAAUCAAAAUAUCCUCUUUUAAUUUAAUAUGAAGAAUUCAAUUAACAAUAUUGAAAAUACUUAAUGUAUUAUAUUGUAUAUAUUUCUCUACUUUGGUUCUAGCUGUUUUAUAUGAUUGACAUGUUAUUUAAGAGAUAAAACUGCCUUGACCUUUUGGAGUCUUGUACUGUAAAUAAAGAAGACUUAGAAUAAACU